CCGGGUCAGUGCACGGAGAAUCCGAGACUACCGAAACGCGGCGGGCUGCUCACCGCAGUUUGGACAUCUGGAGUCACCGAGUCAUAGAAAAGGAGAAUGAGUAAGAAGGACACUGGCAUCAUCCGAGAAGCGUUCACACGGCCCAACGAAGAGGUGGAUGAGGACGGAAAGGUGACGGAUGAAGAGGAGGAGCCCGAAGCCUGCGUUGUGUGUGGAGACCUGGCCAACGGUUUCCACUUCAAUGCCUUGACGUGUGAAGGCUGCAAGGCCUUCUUCAGGCGCGCCAUAAAGAGGUCCACGCCGCCCCGCUGCCGGUUCCUGAAUGAAUGCGAUGUGAACAAAAACAACCGACGGUCGUGUCAAGCCUGCCGCUUCCGUAAAUGUUGAGCCGUGACCACAUGGCGCCGUGACAUGGUCAUGUCUGAGGAGGAGGUUUUGGAGCGGAGGAUCCGGAUCCGGUCGAAGAAGGUGCUCGAGGCACCGGCACAGCUUUCAUCCCAACAACAGGGAACCAUUCAGGAGCUGCUGCGUGGCCACCGCCACGCCUUCCACUCGGCGUUCUACCGCUUCCGUGGCAUCAGGCCCAUCGAUAGAAACGUGCUUCCCGCGACUGAGUUCAACCAGUCUGAAAGCUCCCUCUGCUUCCUCUCCUCCUCCUCAUCCUCCUCCGCCUCCGGUGUCUCUGGUUCCUUUGAGAAAGAGAACCACGAGGACAAAGAGGUCCGAAAAGCCGGUCUGUUCUCGGCUCUUCCACACAUGACUGACCUCACCACCGACAUGAUUCAGGACAUCAUUUGUUUCUCCAAAAGUCUUCCGGGCUUCCGAUCUCUCAACAUGGGGGACCAGAUCGUCCUGUUGAAGGGCCGCUUCAACAUGGUGUUCAAUCCCCACGCGGGCACCUGGGAAUGCGGCCGCAUCACGUACUGCAUCGACGACGCCGUCCGCGGUGAGGCCGCCAAAUGCCACCGUUUACACAUGUUGAAAGGAGGAGGCGGGGCUAUACCCAGUGUGCAUCUGAAACACCAGUAUUCACUCUGCUUUGAGCUCUGGUUUGGUCUCCACCAGCUCCUACAGGAAAUGUUCAAUUCAAUUAAAUUCAGUUUAUUUGAUAUAGCCCAAUAUCACAAAUUUGCCUCAAAGGGCUUUACAAUCUGUACACGUCGUCAUCCCUGACCUUUGACCUCACAUCAGAUCAGGAACAACUCUCAAGAAAUAGAAAAAGACCCUUUCACGGGGAGAAUAAAGGGAAGAAACCUUCAAAUGUGUCUCUUGAGCUGCCAGACGCUCCGUGAUGUUCAGCAGCCCGAUGCCGAGCAGGGAGCGUGACCGUUGGGCUCAAAGCUGAAACCAAACAACCAGCGGAAAGAAAACCUCAAACACGCUGCAGAGUUGAGAGGAACAACAGUCGUGUGAUCAAGUCGUCAUUUGAUCCAUUGUCAAAUCAAAUAUUUCUCGUUGCAGCUUUAAGGAAAGAGGCGGCAUCAUAUGGAGGCUGAGUGCACUCGUGUAAUUAAUACAACACACAUUCAGUCAUGGCUGGAAAUCCAAAAGCAUUGAGUGUGAUCAGAUGAAGUGGAAAUGUUGGCACACGUGUGGUUUGAUGUACUGUGUGUGAGGACUCUAGGUUAUCGACACAGAAGCAGACGAGUGCACCACGCUGCCGGCAGAGACUCGGCGUGAGCUUCGCGGAGUUUACGUCCUCUCUGUGAAGUUGCAAAGCGGCAGUUCAUAAGUCGUACUGUUUAUCCGUGAAGGUGUGCGUGAACCUCUGUGUCAUGUGACUCGUGGAGGAAAGCUCCGCAGAAUGUUGUCGAGCCGGUGUGUUCUGCUUUCAUGAAGCUCAAAAUGAGAAAAGCUGGAGGCCUUCAUUCCCUGACCUCCCCGAUGAGACGGAUAUACUGCAUAUACAAUUGGAGUGAGGUCAUAAUUCAGUGCACACAGAAGACGACUGUUUGGAGGUCGCAUCUCUAAAGAACGUCUUUGAUGGCAGUGUGCCAAAAUUCUACCUUUUUUUUCACUACAUAAUUUCAUCUUCCUAUGCACCUGUACUCAUUAGAAGACAAUUACAACUUCUUAGCUUGUAAUCCUUUAUACUUUUGUAAAUAUAGGAAACAAAAAAAAAUGUUUUUGUGAAAAUAAAAAGCUUCUAUUAAUUAUGUCUAUUGCCCAUAAUGCAAUAAGCAUAAGCCUAUAUCAUUUAAAAGCUGAGGCUGCAUAUAUGAACUUCUACAGGUUGGCGCUGACAAUGUAAAUUGGGGUAAUUCAUAAUAUACAUUAUGCAAAUAAUUAUGCUAAUACAGCUCUUUUCAUCAGUAUGCAGUCAUGCCAGAUAUGCUCACUUAUUUAUUCAAAUGUAUUCCACUGUUUUGGGAUCAUGAAACUCAGUGAAACGAUGCAUAAGGAGAGGGAGAAGAGGAGAGAGGUGCUCAGUGUAUCCUAACCCUAUCAGCCUGUAGCAGCAUCUCUAGGGGAACUCUAAGACUAUUAAAGCGUGACUGGCGGGUCAUUCAUACUGAGCCGUAUUUAGGGUCAGAGGUCACCACGUUUUGGUUCCACUGCAAACAUGGUGCUCCUUUUUUCCCCAAUGAUUUUAAUCCCCGUGUUUCCCCUCGCCUCCCGGUCGGAUGUGGACGUCUUUGACAUGUUUUACUUGUUUUGCUUACACUAAGUACACACUGUGUUCGCCAAUGAAUGUUGCGCUUAUGGUCUUAUGUUCUGAGGUUUAAUGGUUCUCUAAAUGUCAAGAGCAUGAAGUUUGUAUUUUCUCAUCGGACGAAAAGGAAAAGACGAUCUCUGCGUUUUAUACUCGGAUUGUUAUUUUGAUGUGAAAUGCUGUCAAUAAAUCUGCUCAUUAGCAUAAUAAGACAAACACUGCCCCGCUGUGGACACUCAUUUAAAGUAUAACAUCGCCAAGGAGACCACAGGGCACAACCUAAAGAUGAAACGCUUCCAUGAAAAGUAUCCAGACAAGAAUUUUAGAAUCAUUCCACGGAGUUAUAUUUGACAGUGAAAUGUAAACGGGUGUUAUUUUGCUUCUUAUACCUCGGACAUCGUGUGACCCAGAGGAUCGAGCUCGGGCUUCGGUGUUCCCGUCUCUUCUAGUUGAUUAUGCUGAAUCCACAUCUUGUAUCGGCUAAAUGUUUAUCAACUUAAUUACAAUUUUCUAAAGUAUGUUAAAUGUACUGGUUUAAUAUCUGAGACCAAGUGCCAACUAUGGCACAUUUAUGAAUCACAUUUUUUUUGUGUGGACUUUUCCAGGUCUGGAAAUAACCAUUUAAAAAUCCCAGGACUCUUCCAGGUUUUCCACGAGCGUGCGAACCUUGACCUGACGUCCAUCUAGCGGCUAAAAGAAGACGGAACAGACAAAAGCCGUGAUCAUUUCCAGGCUAUCCUACUCUUUAUUUAAUGCAAAUUACAGUACCAGGGAACUAUUCCUCAGCACGCAGAGGGAAUAUUUACAGAGGUGCACAUUUAGCUUACCUUCACAACAAAAGAGAACAGAAAUAAAACGUUUCCGUCACAAACGGAGGCAUUCAAGUAGUAGUACUGUUAUAUGUUUUUGUAGUAUUUUCUAUGAUUUUUCUUUUCUUUAACCCCAGUUGGCAGAGUGUACAUGCUCGUGUAAUAUCAUUUAAUAUACGAGCGUGUGCACUUGCUUGUCUUCUAUUUUGGAAACCUGUGGUGUUUUUACUGCACUGGAGUUGGGGGGAGGGGGGGGUGAGGUGGUCAAACUUGUGUGGUGGUUAGCAACACGUCCAUGAAUGCAAAAUUACAGCAAGCAGGAGACGAGAGAGAGAGAGAGAGAGAGGCUCCGAGACUCGACCUUCGGUGCUACUGAAUCCCCCCCCCCCCCCCAGGCAAGAGGACAGAUCAACAACAACACAUCCAGAGAGACCACCGCCUCGGAGGACGGCUCACCACAACUACGACUUAGUUUGGCUUUUGGUAACGGCACCAACACUGUGAUGAACAGACACUCUACUGUAUUGUAUUGUGGUGUGUGUCACACACACAGUAUGAGGACACCCUUCACUUCAUGCCCCGGAGCCCGUGCCAUAACUAUGGUAUACAUGUGCAUGCGUGUCCAAGAUAAAAACUAUUAAAAUAAAACACUAAUCUAAUUGCUUCCCCAUUUAAGGAAAAAAUAUAUAAAUGUCUGUAAAUUACAAUACGUGUGCGAUGAAAAAAAAAAAGAGGAGUUAGAGGUGCGAGUGGAAGGGGCUGGAAAUCAAGUGGGACAGUGUGUGUGAGCGUGUGUGUGUGUGUGUAUGAGCGUGUGUGUGUGGCGGGGUAGCAGGACAUUCAGCAGCACCAAAGGGCGAGUCGGUCGGGGCGAGGGGCAACAAGGCGAAGGUGUAUGAAAGCAAAGGCACUCCAAACUAUAUAGUUACACUAUACAUGACUAGUUCUCGUUACAAUAAUACAGCUGUCAUCUACUGUACAGGUCAGGUUGAACAUAUGGCUGAUAAAGCUGGUCGUCGUCCUCAUCCACAAACAUCAGUUCUGCCCCCGGUUGUUUUGAAAAAAAUCUGUUUUUUCUUCACGUCUUUCCAUACCCUUUGUCAUCUUUGUUUCUGCUCAUAAACAGUACACGGGUCUACAUAUAUACAUACCGGUAACACAUGGAGAAAAGUAAAUCAACAGAACAGAAAACAAAACAAAAAAAACAUACAAGUCAGAAUUUUGGUGAGGAGCAUUUAUACUGUAUUUACAAAUUCUUUUUUGCUUUUUCUUUUCUUCUUUUGUGUGUGUGUGUGCGUGUUAUGUAGUGAGUAUUGUCUGUGAAUAAGACGCCUGGACUGUACCGAGUGGCUCUAUGUGCGGCGGGCGGAGAGAGAAGGCGAGAGGCUUACACUGGAGUCGGUGGUCACAACGCACGAGACCGCCGGGAGGCGAGCCGAGGGAACCACGGCGUUCAGAAACACCUCGACUUCUUCACGGAGCCGGCGAGAAAGAGGAGGAGCGAGACCGAGGGUGGGGGAGAAGUUUGUCUAGACACUGCACCGUCACAGAAACACCGUUACAGACUGAGUCGGUAGAAAGACGGGGGGGGGGGGG